ACCUGACUGACUCCAUCUCCCAGAGUGCCUUGCGGCUCAGUGGUCCGGGGCGGACCUGUCAGUGGGAGUGUCCCGUCAGCAUCCUCACACAGCGGUGGUACAUCCAACCGGACCCUGGACCCGGUUCGACUGGCGGUUCCCUCUACCUGUUGUCCGUCCGUCCGGGGCCCUGUCGGGGAACCGAGCUGUUUCGAGCCGAGCCGAGCCGUGUUAGCUGCAGUGAUGGACGCGGCGGAGUGCGGGGUGAAGGUGAUGUGCCGCUUCAGGCCGCUGAACGACGCCGAGCAGAGCCGAGGAGACAAACCUGUCCCCAAAUUCAGCGGAGAGGACACCGUGGUGGUCUCGGGGAAGCCUUAUGUGUUCGACCGUGUGUUGCCUCCAAACACAGAACAGAUUCAGGUGUAUGACACCUGCGCCAGGCAGAUCGUUAAAGAUGUUUUGGGUGGAUAUAAUGGAACUAUCUUCGCCUACGGUCAGACGUCGUCAGGAAAAACUCACACUAUGGAGGGGAAACUCCAUGACCCUCAGCUGAUGGGAAUCAUCCCUCGAAUUGCAUCAGAUAUUUUUGAUCACAUUUACUCCAUGGAUGAAAACCUGGAGUUUCACAUCAAGGUUUCAUAUUUUGAGAUCUAUCUGGAUAAAAUCAGAGACCUACUCGACGUGUCAAAGACCAACUUGGCUGUUCACGAAGACAAAAACAGAGUUCCAUUUGUCAAGGGAUGCACAGAGCGUUUUGUUUCCAGUCCUGAAGAGGUGAUGGAUGUCAUUGAUGAAGGCAAAGCAAACCGUCAUGUCGCCGUCACCAACAUGAACGAGCACAGUUCUCGGAGUCACAGUAUUUUUCUGAUCAACAUCAAACAGGAGAACGUGGAGACAGAGAUGAAACUGUCUGGAAAACUGUACCUGGUCGACCUGGCAGGCAGCGAGAAGGUCAGUAAAACUGGGGCUGAGGGUUCUGUGUUGGAUGAAGCCAAAAACAUCAACAAAUCUCUGUCCGCACUUGGAAACGUCAUCGCUGCUUUGUCUGAAGGAAAAAAAACCCAUGUUCCAUACAGAGACAGUAAGAUGACCCGGAUCCUGCAGGACUCUCUAGGAGGAAACUGUCGAACAACCAUCAUCAUCUGCUGCUCUCCUUCUGUUUACAAUGAGGCUGAAACCAAGUCAACGCUGAUGUUUGGACAGAGGGCAAAGACCAUAAAGAACACGGUGUCAGUGAAUCUGGAACUGACGGCUGAGGAGUGGAAGAAGAAGUAUGAGAAAGAGAAAGAGAAGACCAGAAGUCUGAACAUCAUCAUCCAGAAACUGGAGAAUGAGCUGAAACGCUGGAGAAAGGGUGAGUCAGUACCUGUGGAGGAGCAGCUGAGCAGCAGAGAUAAGAAGAGCAGCAAUGAGACAGCUGCAGUGAUUGAAAGCUUGGCCCCGCCCCCUGUCCCUCUGUCCAAUGAGGAGAAGACGCAGUACGAGACGCUCAUCACUGACCUUUAUCAACAACUAGACGACAAGGACGAUGAGAUCAAUCAGCACAGUCAGACAGCCGAGAAGCUGAAACAGCAGCUGAUUGAUCAGGACGAGCUGCUGGCAGCGUCGCGUCAGGACUACGAGCGGCUGCAGGAGGAGCUGUGUCGGCUGCAGAGGGACAGCGACACCGCCAAAGAGGAGGUGAAGGAGGUUCUGCAGGCGCUGGAGGAGCUGGCAGUGAACUACGACCAGAAGAGCCAGGAGGUGGAGAUCAAAACCAAGAGCAACCUGCAGCUCAACGAGGAGCUGGCACACAAAACAGUCAGUCUGGAGGCAGUCGAGAGGGAGCUGUCCUCUCUGAAGGACCUCAGUGUCCACCACAGGAAAAGGUCCACAGAGAUCCUCAGUCUACUGCUCAGAGACCUCAGCGACAUCGGCAGUGUCCUCGGUACCACCGACCUCAAAUCUAUGACGGAGACGAGCAGCGUGAUGGAGGAGGAGUUCACCACGGCUCGUCUGUACAUCAGUAAGAUGAAGUCAGAGGUCAAGUCACUGGUGAAUCGCAGCAAACAGCUGGAGCUCAGUCUGACCCAGAACAUCAGUAAGAUGGAGGCCAAUGAGAAGGACCUGACAUCCUGCCAGCUGUUGGUCUCCCAGCUCCAGGCAAAGAAUGGCUCUCUGAGCGAUGACCUCUUGAAGGUGGAGCAGAAGAAGAGGCAGUUGGAGGAGAGUCAUGACGCUCUGAUGGAGGAGAUCGCCAAACUCCAGGCUCAAGAUAAAAUGCAUGAGGUGGCGGUGAUGGACAAAGAGAAAGAACACAUGAGCAGACUGAAGGACGCCGUGGACAUGAAGAGGACUCUGGAGGAACAGAUGGAGAACCACAGGGAGGUCCAUCAGAAACAUCUUUCACGCCUCCGGGAUGAGAUCGAACAGAAACAAAGGAUCAUGGACCAGCUCAAAGAUGUGAAUCAGGGUUUGCAAAUUGAGGUCAGGAAGCUGCAGACAGACUUAGAGAAACUUAGAGCUGAGGACCAGAAGAAAGACCAGAGACUUCAGAAACUGCUGUUCCUGAAUGAGAAAAGAGAACAGGCCAAAGAGGACCUGAAGGGUUUAGAGGAGACUGUGGUCAAAGAGCUCCAGACACUCACCAACUUGAGAAAAAUCUUCAUCCAGGACAUUGGAGCUAGAGUUAAAAAUAGUGCUGAGAAUGACAGUGAUGAAGCCGGUGGAAGUUUGGCUCAAAGGCAGCGGAUAGUUUUCCUAGAAAAUAAUCUGGAGCAGCUCAGCAAAGUCCACAAACAGCUGGUCAGAGACAAUGCUGACCUUCGCUGUGAGCUUCCCAAGCUGGAGAAGCGUCUGAGAGCCACUGCUGAGCGAGUGAAGGCCCUGGAAGGAGCUCUGAGGGAUGCCAAAGAGUCUGCUAUCAGGGACCGAAAACGCUACCAACAGGAAGUGGAUCGCAUCAAAGAUGCCGUUCGAACCAAGAAUGUCUCCAGGAGGGUACACUCUGCUCAGAUAGCCAAGCCAAUCAGAGCUGGACAUCACCACCACCAGAACCAGAACCUGUCCUCCUCCUCGUCCAUGAGACCCACCAUUAGAGGAGGUGGGGCCGUGGCCUCCAGUCCUCGACAUCACCCCAGCAGACAGCACAUGUCACAACCAAACCCCCAUCAGAACCACAAGUAGACCAGGUGGCGCUACUGGUGAUCGUCUUGUUUUCUGUGGAUGUGGUUUCUAAACUCUCCGGUCCUCACCGCUCUGCCUUUACUGGAACCUCUUUACACCCAACUCCACCUUAAAACAGCCAUUCCACCUUAAAACCACCAAGUGCUCUGCUUCUGUUACUGACACAGUAUUUUUAACUCGUUUUGAUACUGUUUCAAAUCAAUGUGUUCAUUUAUUUUUCUUCAGUAAACUUCAAUGUAGUAGUAUUAAUAAUGGUAACUGAUUAAAAAUGUAACCAGUUGAAUAAUAUUAUAAAUCUGAAAAACGCUUAUUGACUCUAUUCUUGCUUUAGAUUUUUGCCUUUUCACUAAAUUGUGAAAAAAUUCCAACAAUAAAUUUACCUCAUAUUUAUCUUAACUUGCAUAACUCAGUGCACACACUUCAGUAGAAUGAA